GCUAAUGGAAGUAACUGUGUCACCCGAUGCUGAAAAUCCACGUGCGCCAGGCGCUGUCUCCUUGGUGCACAAUGGUUGCCGCAAUCGAGAUCUGGCCACCAUUAUACCACAUCAGCCGGCAAAGUAUCGCGACAGACCCAAUGAGGUAUUUCUGGAUUUUGAAGCUUUUCUGCUCAGCUCCAUGAAGGAGAAGGCGACACUGUGGAUACACUCGCAAAUCAAGGCAUGCAUUGAUAUGUCCGACUGCACGCCAGAUUUCUGCGCCGAUCUGUACGAACCAUCCGGACAUGGACGUCGGCGUCGUGAGAUAGCUGCCAACUCCACAGCUUCCGCCAACUCCAUGCAGUUGAACUCUACGACAUCAACGAUGGCAGAGUUCAAGCGUUUCAAAGAAAACAUUGAGUAUACCGUUAUAAUGCCGGGUCAGUUUAAAAAGGGGCGUGGCCUGCUAAUCGAUGUUACCACACAAUGCCGUAGCGUAUUGCUCAUUAGCUCGUUUUUUGUCUUUAUGAUUACGCUCUGCCUGGCCAUCAGUUGCGUACUGGCCUUCCGUUUGCAGGCGGCAAAAAAGUUGCAAACAGCUCAGUUAACUUCUGGGUUCAGCACAGGCUAUGCCGGUCGAGCAAUGGUUCAAUAA